AUGGUGAACUCGAAAGAGAACACCCCUACCGGGAGUCCAUCCCGCUCAGAAGAAAACUUAAGCGACGAUCUACCGCCACCAACAGUAGACAAGUCACUACCCGCUGAAGACAUGGACAAAUCCGUCCCGUCACCAAGGAAGGAUGAAAGCCCUCCUCUGUCCGCGCCGCGUCGCUCAAGGAAACCUUCCUCGAGCGACAAGCACCGUAGCUCGAAGAAAUCCUCCUCGAGCGACAAGCUCCGCAAGCUCAUGGAGAAUCUCGUGAAGCCACUCGCCGAAGGUUUCGAGGCGAUGCGAGCACAGCAGAACAAGACUCAGGAACAAGUCGAGGCCUUAGCACGAGAAGACGAGGAACCGUUGGAUCCCGCUGCCGCGACGACCAACGGGACCACAACCCGUCCAUCGCGCCACCAGCUCGGCCCCGAGUUGAUGAAAGCACUCGCCGAUACCCGGAGGAGCCCACUCACGCGCAGACUCCGCCAAAUCGAUCUGCAUGAAAGAGUCCGACUCAAAAUCGACUCCUACACCGGGGAAGAAGAUCCCAAGAAGUGGUUAACCGCGUUCAAUCUCACCAUGACGAGGGAGACAUACAAAUCCUAUGACGAGAAAGAGGCCAACUACUGUCAGGUAUUCGUCGGGCACAUGGCGAAAGACGCUCUGCCGAGUCGAUCGACAACUUCGACGACUUGA